GGCUCGAUGUGACAGUCCCUCGGGUGUUGUCGCCGCUGACACUAGCGGCACGACGUCACCGCGACGAAGGCCCGCUCUCGUCGUAGGUGAAAUGAAAGAGUUAGAAAAUCGUCGUGCGGCGCAAGAUGGACAGUGCGGCGACGACGGCUACGACAUGGCGUCAGAGUAGCGCGCGUCUCUGUAUGGAAACGAAGCGCUGCAUGAAAGGAGAUCUGUCUGCCACGGCUGCUAUAAUUCGUGCCCACACGUCCCCUACACGCUUCCUCUCGCGAUCUCCCGAUUAGCGAGGCAGUCGCGCCACACUUCGCUUCGUUUGCAGUGUGCCGCACGAAACAGAUUGUCCGCGCCAGCUACGCUACUUAGCGUUCUCUUCCUAGUAUAAACCAUGUACCUAUAUAAUCAUAAUGCAAAAUAUUGACACCCGUAAUAGAGCACAUAUAGAGCUGCGCUCAAAAUUUCGCAUAGAGAGUAUCGUAAUCGCCGUUGAAUUUUUUCGUUUUGUGCAUGUCCUGGACCACACUCGACAACGGAGUGUUUAGACUCACUUUACAGUAACAUGAAUUCUGAAAAAAAUAUGCGCUGAAAAAUGAAAGAAUGCAGAGGCAGCGGUUAUGUUUCUAUCGCUGCAGCAACAAUCGGGCCACAACGUAUGAAGCGCAAUUUGGUGUGGUGCGCUUUCGGAACCUUGGACACCAACUACACGCACGACAAGAUGAACCUGGACCCGUUCUGCGACUACGCCUUCAUACCGUUCUACACGAGGGGACAGGACACCUUCCUGGACGACAGCAACCCCAUCGUGCAGAAGUUGCUCGGCAAUGCGCAGAAGGCGAGCAGGACGAGCUACGCGAUCCACCUGCCCCACCGAAACAUCUCGAAGGCGAAACAAGACAUGGACGACAAUACGGGGAAAGCCAAAAUGGUUGAAUACUGGACAGUUCGGAAGAUCUACCACUAUGCUGUCCUCGACCUCGAAUGCAAGCCAUGGACAAAACCAAAUAUCAAGAGUGAAGUGGCCGCAGUGUUCGAUAUGCUGAAGGUAAGUUCCGGAGGCAAACUAAAGCUUCAUUGGGGGCAGCUCGUCCCAGCCUCUAGAGCGUCAGCGAAGUUACGCAAAAGGGGAGAGCAGCUGAAGAAGGACCAUCCACAGCCACCUUCUCCCGCGUUCAGCCUCGUCAUCCUGGGCAUUCGAAUUUGGCCAGAGAACAGCAAGGAGUUUCUCGAGGAAGUGGGCAAGAAACUACAGCGAUUUCCAGUUGACGGCUUCGUGCCCUGGACGCACUUCACGGAGGACGAGUUUAAGGCCAAUUACCCUGCGUGCUGGAUAACGGGAGCGACGCCCUAUAACAACAGCGGUGAUAACAACACCAACAUCUGGGGCGCGGUUCAGGUGUUGGACUGGGUGAACAAAAGCACUGCGUGGAACAAGCAGCCUUCCAUCUCCGUGUCCUUCUCGUUGUGUUCACGGGUGUACGAGGCAGCCGGUGCUGAGGAACUCGACAACCCGUGUAAACGAAGCAAUUUCACGAUUCCGACCUCAUCGACCGAUGCCUGCUAUUACAACAUAUUCAAAAAUGUCGAGGGUUUCGGCAACGACACCCGAUUAGACCAGAAGCACUACACGCCGUUCACCACCAACAAAGGCGACAUGGCCGUUUACGAAAUCGCGAAGCAUAUUAAGAAAAAGUUGUGCUGGCUGAAAGUUCGCUACACCGAAUUUGAGAUCAGCACCGCGCUUUUCGAUUUGGAGUGCGAAGACUGGAGUGGGAAAUGUGACCAGGACGGCUACCGUACGCUGAACGGCACUAAGAGGCUGAGAGAAGUCUCGAAUUACGCCCAUGGGUUGACGCAGAAGGCGGCCAACAUUUCAGCUUGCCUAUCAUUGUGAAAUGUCGCGUAUCAUCUAUUUUAUACAGACGUUCUGGCAGGUAACACUUGCCGCCUUUUUCAAUUUCUAUUACCGAAAUAUUUGCAGCGAAUAUGUUUUUGCUGGAACCAAUUAUACCAAAGGCACGAAUAGAAAAUUUUUCUAUGUCAUCUGGGUGAACAAUUUUCUCCCAAGCGUACCUUCCUUACUACCACUGGUGCAAGCGAAAUAUGAUGACCGCCAUUGUGCGGUCAAUCUUAUGAAAUUAGUCAUUGUAGGGUAAAUGAGAGCAUCAAUAUAUUCAUAGAUGAUGACAAAUUUUUCGUGUUAAUAUAGAGCCAGUUCCGUCAUAAAAAUAUUU